AUGAAGUGUGAAAUUGUUCUUCUGUUUGCCUGUGCAUCCCUCGCUCUGGCCGCACCGCAAAGGUCAGACGCUGAAGCAGAGAUCCUCCAGCAGGAAAACAACAUCGAACCGGACGGAACGUACCAGUACAGUUACGAAACGGCCAACGGUAUCCGAGGUCAGGAAACGGGAACGCUCAAGCGUGCCAACAAUCCCGACACGAGUGAUGUAAUUGUGGCGGCCGGUUCUAUCAGCUAUACCGCGCCCGACGGCAGCCUGGUCGAGCUGAGCUACACCGCCGACGAUGAGAAUGGGUUCCAGCCGUCCGGUGCCCACCUGCCCACGCCACCCCCCAUUCCGCCCCAGAUCCAGAAGGCGCUCGACUAUUUGGCCAGUCUGCCACCGUCGAACCGGCGGCGCUAA